GUGCGAUACACUUCUAUCCUUCUCACUCACUCGCGAGGAAGGUAGUUGCACAUUACCGACUAUCAGCAGUCGCUACCGGAGCCGCAUGAGAAACACCGAGUGAAAGCCGCGAAACAGUACGAGGAGCCAGCAAAGUGUGCUUGACUCAAAAGUACGGAAAGGAGGAAACUUCGCGUAAACUAUGGCCGUAUCAGCAACUCCUCCGGUGCUUUCACCGACCUCCACUCCCGGGGGCGCGAGCAGCCUAUUCCGUCCCGACUCUCUGUACUCCAGCCCGGCCGAGUCCCCGCGACUGACCAGCAGCAUGAUCAACGCUUUCAUCACCGGCACCGGCGGCGGCGGCUGCGGCAGCACUAACGGGAACGGGCCCGGGGGUGUCCAUAAUAACGAGUGUAAGAUGGUGGAGGUGCACGGCGUGAAAGUGGCCUCGUUCACCGUGGAAGGGCAGGAGCUCAUCUGCCUCCCGCAGGUGUUUGACCUGUUCCUGAAGCACCUGGUCGGCGGACUGCACACCGUCUACACCAAGCUGAAGCGGCUGGAUAUAUGUCCGGUGGUGUGCACGGUGGAGCAGGUGCGGAUCCUGCGCGGACUUGGGGCCAUUCAGCCGGGCGUGAACCGGUGCAAACUCAUCACCCGAAAAGACUUCGAGGCGCUUUAUAACGACUGCACCAAUGCCAGUUCUCGUCCCGGUCGUCCUCCCAAGCGUUCUCUCGGUGUGGCGAUGCAGGACAGUUCUCGUCUGCUUCCUCACAGCGUUCACGGGCUGCUCUCUCCCAGCCUGCUCUCCCCGACAGGUCUGACGGCAGCAGCCAUGGCUGAAGCUAUGAAACUCCAGAAGAUGAAACUGAUGGCCAUGAGCAGCAUUCACGGAGCAGGAAGCCAGAACGGGACCGAGUCAGAGAACGAGGAGCUGAACUCCAGUGCAGGUGGAGUUUUGGCUCUGUUUAGGGUUCCAGACUCUCACUCAGUCUCCCUCUCUAUCUCUCUGCUGUCCCCAGGCGGCAGUGAGUCAUCCUGGGAUAAAGAGAAACUCCAGUCCCCCCCUUCCUCCGGAGCCCAGCAUGGUCUGGCUCACAUCGGCCUCUCUGCUCAACACGGCCUGUCAGGGUCUCAUCUCUCUUCCCUACAGCAGAGUCAUCUCCUGGCUAACCGGCUGGACCUGCCGUUUAUGAUGAUGCCCCACCCACUGCUGCCCGUCAGUCUGCCGCCUGCCUCCGUUGCCAUGGCAAUGAACCAGAUGAACCACCUGAACACCAUCGCCAACAUGGCCGCAGCUGCUCAGAUGCACAGCCCCCUGUCCAGAGCAGGAUCGUCCGUCAUCAAGGAGUGUGUACAGGACAGUCCGUCUCCUGCUCCAUCUCUGGAGGAAACCCAUCGUCCCGGAUCACAGCCCUCUUCCCACCCCAGCAGUAGUGUGUCCAGCUCCCCAAACCCACACACACAGAGUCCUGAACGCCUGGUUUUGAACCCGACUGAUGGAGAACUACCAGAGCGAGACAACGGCAUCAAUAUGAAGAAAAUCCUUAAAGACAAAGAUGAGGCUCAGUUAGCUUUGCCCAUGCAGAAACCAGGGUUCGAGAAGCUUCCUCUGGGCACUCAGACUCUUCCUUCAGGCUUCCCCGCUCCCUUCCUGUUUACAGAUGGCCUCUCUUCUGUGGAGACAUUGCUCACUAACAUCCAGGCGGCUCAGGGUCUGCUGAAGGUGGCCGUGGAUAAUGCCCGUGUGCAGGAUAAACAGGUGCAACAGGAACGCAAGGAGUUAAAGAUGGAGCUGUACAGAGAAAGAGAGAUGAGAGAGAGUCUGGAGAGACAACUCACCUCUGAACUGCACAGCCGAGCCUCUAUUCAGAAGCGUCUGAAGAAGGAAAAGAAGGCGAAGAGGAAACUGCAGGAGGCUCUGGAGUUUGAGUCCAAGAGGAGAGAGCAGGUGGAACAUGCGCUCAAACAGGCCACAUCUCCUGAGAGUCUCCGCAUGAGUCUCAACGAGGCAGUGAUACCAGAGGUGAAGUCUGAACAUAAUGGCAACCAGCAGGAGAACUCAGCUGUACAAGAAAACAGACCCUACUCCAAACCUCCCAUCAUGUACUGAAGCCUCUGGCAUCUUUAGUCCCUCAACAGACAGCUCACACCACAGAUGGAUGGGACAACAUGGAGAGGGGUUUGUGGGGCUUUUUCCCGGAGGGAAAGUGGUGCGGGUGCUGAAGACCAGGCACCUGAAACCCGUGUACAGGACUGGAGUGUGUAUGUGUGUGGAGGUGCAGUGCGUUUGCAGUCCUCAUGAGACGUGUGUGUGGGUCUGAAGCCCUGCUUGUUGGCGACCUUUCAACACCACAUGCACCGACUUGUAAAAAAAAAUGUCUUUCUCUCUUGUUUUGACUACUUCUACAUCCCACACUUUUUUGAGAUUUAAAGAAGUUUUUUUUUUCUGGAUUAAAAUGUCAUUACCUGAUGAAUUACCCUUCUUUAUGUGAAGCACACAGCAUCACCCUAAUCUAAACCUAUGUCUAGAUUAUUAUUAUUAUUAUUAUUAUUAUUAUUAUUAUUAUUAUUAUUAUUAUUAUUAUUAUUGAGUGUUAUCUGCUGAUCCCCCAUGAUUCUGUGCACCAGUGAUUCUGAACAGCACAACAGUCUUGACGAGUCUGUAGAGAACUUUAUCCACAGCACCUCUACAUGAAAGGAGAGACAAAUAUUAUGUGGACAGACUCCAAACAAGACACAUGUGCUUCUUUAAUAAACAUUGUCUACAUUUGUUGUUUUGCCUUUUGAGUAAGGGAUUCUAUAUCAAAGUUUCCUUUUUUUCUAAUUUGUUGUAUUUUUUUAGAAAGUGUAGAAAUAUUUUCCUCAUGUUGUCGUUUCCCUGCCCUAUGUUUAUUAUUCUGGUGUUUAUUUUAUUAUCUGGUUUGUUGUUUUUCAUUGUAUUUUAAUCAGCAUUUCAAACAGAUGCUCAAGUGAUCUUGACACAAACGUUCUUUGUACGUCUUUGUUGUCUUACUUUGCCCCGCGACAAUGUUUUCUCUAUUGCUCCUUAACUUAACAAGUGAAAAAAAGUUGUUCAUUUGAUGUUGCUAUAAACACAGUAUUACAGUACUCCCUGUUCUGUUUUUACCUGUUUAUAAAGACUUGUAAAAAUGCUUUAGCGUUUGCUAUCCUGACGUUGUUAUUACAUGGAUACAUUUUUAGUGAUGAAAAGAGACGAGAAGUACCCUUAUGCACACCCAGAGCAAGCAUGCUUGUAAAUACAAUGAUGAAAAAUGACACCUAUCAAUUGAAAAUAAAAUGCUGCCUCUUUAAAUCUAUUUUUAAACAUUUCUAGACUCCAUAGGUAAUGCAAUCACAAAUUGGCAGCUAUCAAUGAUGUUGAAUGUUGUUUUAAAAUGGCAACAGACACUUAUCACAGACUUGCACAUGCCACAAUGAAUAAAACACCCCUAUGAACAUAUUGGUAGUUUUUUUUUCUUUUCUUUGAGUAAUAAAAUUAAAAUAGAAA